ACUUGCUUGUUCUUAUUACAUUUUCUAUCUGAAAUUUCUUCAAUUCAAUUCAAUCUUCCUGCUGGUCAAAAGAAAUGUCUGAAGGAAGAGAUUCACAAAGAUGUCCUGGUCACUGGUGAAUAUUCAAUUACAGCUGUUCCUGAACAGAAAGCCAGCUUAAAAGUUGUAGAUUCUAAAGGUCAUUUCCUAUACAACAAAGAAGAUGCAGAGAAGGGCAAGUUUGCCUUCACCACUGAGGAAUUUGAUAUGUUUGAAAUUUGCUUUGAAAGCCACGUUCCCCAUGGUGUUCAUGGGUUGGAUAGGGAAGUAUCCCUCACAGUUAAAAGAGGUGUAGAAGCUAAAAAUUAUGCAGAUAUUGCCAAAGCUGAAAAAUUGAAACCUAUGGAAUUGGAAUUGAAAAAGUUAGAAGAUUUAUCUGAAGCAAUUGUUUCUGAUUUUGCUCGGAUGAAAGACAGAGAAGAGGAGAUGAGAGAUACUAAUGAAUCGACUCAUUCAAGAGUCUUGUACUUCAGCCUCUUUUCCAUGUCUUGUUUACUGGGUUUAGCAACUUGGCAGGUGCUAUAUCUCCGACGUUACUUUAAAUCCAAGAAGCUGAUUGAG